AAGACUGUAUGUAUUCCGUAGUGGUAUUGAUUUGGUAAAAAUUCCCUACCGGAUUAGUUAUAGUUUGAUUCUGAGUGGUAACGAUUUCAUUACCACCACAUUACUGAACGGUAAUUCCCGUUAAUACCAGUGCCGAUAGAGUCACAUAUUCAUGUACUCCGUUCGGUAAUGAUUCGUAAUGAUUCAAUACCAGUUAAAGAGUGUAGCAAUCACAAUCACAAAGAUUUACUCCUGCGCAACCUCUCUAAUGUCAUUUACUAAUCAAACAAGGAUGGACCAUGCCGGCAUGUUUACCGCAUUUGACGUCUAUGCUAGGCAGAUGCAACAUUUUACCGAGCCCCCGAUCCAGUGGUGCACUUCCAAGAAAAAAUUCAACUUCGCCACGGGACAAUUUAAAAAUUAUCUCUGGUAUUUUAACACCUUUGCCGGCUUCGGUCUCUGCACUGUGGGUGGUCUCGUGGUCAUACUUUUGUCACAACUCUUCAAAUUUUAUAAAGAUCUCCAUGCCGCGUAUGUAUUCAUGUUUGUGGUACAAUUGUCCACAUCAGCGGCUGGAUUUGCGGUUAACGUGGAAAUGAUUUUGUACGGGGAAGAUUGUGUCAAGGGCUGGAACGCUUUGCUCGGGAUGGACAAGAUCCUGCAAAGUCGAGCUCGCCAUCACUCCCUGCGAAAAAGUCGAGUCUGGCAAAUCCUGACCAUAUUCAGCUGGGCGUUCAGCACAUACCCAAUUGUAUUCACACUGGCCGGAAUUUACUUCCAGUUUGACCCGUACUACCACAUUUUGUCCAUGCUCAACGUCACCCAUCCCGCCCCGCACAUCUUCAGAUUCUACUUAAUCUUCACAGCGCCCGCCGAACUCUGCCGAUUCAUCUCCUUCAUGGUGCUCUUCUCAAUUAGCACGUUGCACAUGCUGCGGGACGCGCUCUUUACCGAACAGAAUCGCAGCCCAUUUCGGAUCAGCGGGACGCUCGCGGAAUGGCAGUACCGCCAAGUUCAAAUCUUAGUCGUAAACUUGGAAACGUAUAUCGGAAAUAUUUGCCUAGUUGCGCAAGGUCUCGGUUUAGCGAAUGGGGUGCUGUGCAAUUUUUGUGCUAGAUAUUUCGCAAAAUCUGUUGCAAAUUUUGUCCCGGUUUACUAUAUGUCAGUCGAAGCAGGGGAGGAAGAAGUCGAGCAGGGUGGUCAAGUCGUUGAAAAGUGUUACCAUUUCGCCAAUGUUGGCAGAGUACAAGUUUUUCGUGUAUAA